AUGAAGCAGAGGAUCAAAUCAGCAGUUUGGAAAAGAAGGCCCCUAUGGGGAAAAGUCACACUGCAGCUCAUAGCCAUGCUGGAGAACAUCACUAACCUACAGCCUAUGAGGGAGGGCUUCCAGUGGUACUUAAAGAUGAAAUGUGGCAGCUGCAGUGAGAUUUCAGAGAAGUGGCAAUACAUUCGGCUGAUGGACAAUGUGGCUAAGGGAGGUCGUGGCAAUGCCUCCAUCCAGAAGUGCAAGCUGUGCACAAAGGAAAACUCCAUCAAGAUUCCAAGCAGUACCAUCAAAUAUUACAAUGCUAAAGACAAUGAGAAGUUCAAGAUGAUAGUAGAUUUUGAAUGUCAGAGCCCUGAUUUCCUGCCCCAGGCUGGGAUUGCUGCUGAGUGUAUGGAAUUUGGGACAAUCUUUAGUGACAUUAAUCUGCAGGGGAAGAACUGGACUGACUAUGACAAAAAGGCUCAGGAGUCUAUGGGAAUCUAUGAGGUCACCUACCAGUUUCUGAAGGGCUGA